AAGCCUUUUAAAAAGUAAUUGCGAAAGGUCCCAGCGCAUCUCAUUUGGAGGCGGGGAACGCGGCGCAAUCCGGGGACGCCCCGCUGCGAACAAAAUCAAACUCCCGCUUCGGAAAAGCGAGGCGGCUUCUGGAAGGGGCUCCGAAUGGGCCAUUAGCGGCAGGCGGCGGGCGAGGCGGCGCGAAGGCGGGCUCCGGGCCCAGUCCGGCCCCCUCCCGGCCUCUGCCCGCCGCCCACGGGGGGAGAGUGGGGGAUGAUCACCAGAAUGGGACGGGGCCUCCUCCCCGCCUGCCUGCCUGCCUGCCUUGGUUCGCCCUCCUGGUGUUGACUGAGAAGUGACGCGCCUUUCCUCCCUCCGCGCACCACGUGGGUCAUUGGGAAGGCCCAGUAGACCUAUCCCAAGUUCCUCACUGUAGACGGCGCUGGCAAUAAUCAGAUUAGGGCCAAUUACGCGUGAGAUUAUAAAAACGAGUGCGCGCCGGCUGGAGAGGGGAGACAGCUUCGCCAAGGAAGCAGCAUCAGCAUCAGCAUCCGAGGCCCAGGCCGGAGGAGAAGCCAAGCCCAGGAGCUGCCACUUCCGUCCCUCCCGGAGUAAAGACAGAAAAGCGCCGGCAGCUGCUUCCUCCGCCCGCCCGUCCUCCUGCCGCUCUUCCUCUCGCCCGACCAUGUUUUAUUUCCACUGCCCCCCGCAACUGGAAGGUGCCACGCCCUUCGGAGGUCCCUCAGCGGCUGACUUCGACGACGGCUUCCUGCGUCGUAAACAGCGCCGGAACAGAACCACCUUCACCCUGCAGCAGCUGGAAGCUCUAGAAACCGUUUUUGCACAAACUCACUAUCCAGACGUGUUCACUCGAGAGGAGCUAGCCAUGAAAAUCAACCUUACUGAAGCUCGAGUUCAGGUCUGGUUCCAGAACAGAAGGGCUAAAUGGAGGAAAACUGAAAGGGGGGCGUCUGAGCAGGAAGGGUCUAAGGAGGUAAUGGCUGAAGUCACCCCUCCUGGAAUGAAUUUAAAUUCUCCUUCUCCAGUUGAUCAAACAAAGAAUAAGAAGGAGAGUUUGGAGAUUCAACAAAGCCUGAACAGAGCGGUUGCCCCUUCUGGACCCUUUUUCUCAUCAUGUCUACCAGGAACUCUUCUAAACACAACUACUUAUGCCCAAGCACUGUCACAAGUUGCAUCGCUUAAAGGUAGUCCACUGUGCUCUUGCUGUGUUCCUGACCACAUGAGUCUCUCCUUCCUUCCUACAUAUGGCUGUCAGAGUAAUCGUACAGCAAGUGUGGCUGCCCUGCGCAUGAAAGCCCGAGAGCACUCUGAGGCUGUACUGCAAUCAGCUAACCUUCUAGCCUCCAUUAGCCCCAGCCAUACCUCAGUGGGGAAACUUAGUUCAGAGAAUGACUUGGACAACAAACUUCCUCUGACUAUUGAACAGAAUGACAAUGAGAAGAAUGUUUGAGCCCCACCUUCCACAUCUUAAUGAACCCAACAUCCUAAGAAGCCAAAUCUUCAGUCAUCUGGAUUAUUUUACUGCUGGGACAAAACUUGGUAGUUUUUUGCUAUCUUAGCUAGCUACCAGCACUAGCUUGCUUUCGCCACCUAUUUUAUUGACUUUUCCCCACCUCUUUAAUGCAUUUAUUCACACUGAAUUCCUUCGCACAUCAUCUGGACUAAAGUGUAAUGGGAUUCAGAGAUCCUUCUAAAAACAAAGGAUAGAAAUCAAGGACAUAUGCUUGUUCAUGUAGCACAUGUUGUGCCGUUGGGAGAAAGGUAUGUGUAAUUGCGAAGUCCCUCAGUAUCAUAUAAUUUUCUCAUUUCAUUAAAGUAAAAAAAUCCCAGGUAUGAUAGAAGAAGACCUGUUGUAAUUUUAGUGACUGGAAAGUCAAGUUUUUAAAAGAAAUGCAGAUGAAUGGAAGUCAGUUUUGCCAAGCCUGAAGAAAACCAGUGCAGAAGAUGACCUGUUGUCUUAGUUGCUUGCUACAGGGACUUCACAUUCAAGGCACUCUAUACAGUGAUCCACAAUGAGCAGAAAAUGUGCAGUCACCCAUUUUGUAGAGAGCUUUGCUCUUAAAGGACUGGUGUAUUUGAUUUUUGGCUCAGUUCAUGCAGGUCUGAGAAAGAGGCACACAAACCAUGUAGUAAUUUCAUAGAGCCAUCAUUUCAUCUACAGUCACCUCCCUUCAGGCCUGUAGCGGGGGGGUGGGGGUGUUAGGGGUUCAACCCCCCCCCCCCUGAAAAUUUUCACUUAAAAAAAAAUCUGGUUUACUCAUGAAUUUUAACUGGUUAACCAAAUCCCCAUGCUAAGUCUAUGAGACACAAAAAAAUAAGAGUCCCUCCAGGCACUAUCUCAAGCAGAUAUUGACAGGUCUGUAGGUGGAGGGGGGUCGGCCAGGGGUUCAACCCCCC